CAGACGUUCAAUACUGCUGCGCCUUGCAGAGAUGUUCAGGACUUGACUAAUGGGGUUGCCAUGGCGCAGGUACUUCACCAAAUAGAUGUUGCUUGGUUUGAUGCAUCUUGGCUAAAUCGCAUUAAAGAUGAUGUUGGUGACAACUGGAGAAUAAAGGCCAGUAAUCUGAAGAAGAUACUUCAAGGAAUUAUGGACUACUAUCAUGAGUUCUUGGGUCAGCAGAUUUCAGAAGAGCUUAUUCCGGACUUAAACCGGAUAUCUGAGAAUUCGGAUCCCACUGAACUGGGCAGGCUUCUGCAGCUUAUUUUAGGUUGUGCGGUCAACUGUGAAAGAAAACAAGAACACAUACAAAAUAUCAUGACCCUUGAAGAAUCUGUUCAACAUGUUGUCAUGACUGCCAUUCAAGAGCUCAUGAGCAAGGAAAUAAUGGGUCCUUCCACAGGUGAUGCAUCAAGUGAAACGGAACAGCAGCUUAAAAAGGCUUUGGAAGAUCUUCAGGAAGCAUUAGCAGAAAAAGAAGAGUUGGCACAAAGAUGUCAAGAGCUAGAUUUACAGGUGGCUGCCCUCCAGGAUGAAAAAAACAGCUUGAUGUCAGAAAAUGAGAUUAUGAAUGACAGGCUAGAGCAAUUGGACGACUCUCUUGAUGAUCCGAAUACUGUGGUUGCAAAAAAGUAUUUUCAUGCACAGUUGCAGCUGGAACAACUGCAAGAAGAAAACUUCAGGCUUGAAGCUGCAAAAGAUGAUUAUCGUGUCCAUUGUGAAGACCUAGAAAAACAAUUGAUUGAACUGCAACAUAGAAACAAUGAACUAACCUCUUUGGCAGAAGAAUCUAGAGCCUUGAAAGAUGAAAAUGACAUUCUUAGGACUACUGCAGACAAGGCAAGUAAGCUGGAAUCAACUGUUGAAGUGUAUCGUAAAAAACUGCAGGAUCUGAAUGACUUCCGCAGACAAGUCAAAUCUCUGCAGGAAACCAACAUGAUGUAUAUGCACAACACAGUCAGUCUGGAGGAUGAACUGAAGAAAGCCAAUGCAGCACGUGCCCAGCUAGAAACCUACAAAAGACAAGUCCAGGAGCUUCAUAACAAACUGUCUGAAGAAUCAAAAAGAGCUGACAAGCUAGCAUUUGAAAUGAAGCGACUUGAAGAAAAACAUGAAGCUUUAAUCAAAGAAAAAGAGAGACUGAUAGUGCAGUGUGAUGCAUUAAAAGAGACAAAUGAAGAGCUCCGGUAUUCACAGAUGCAACAGGAUCACCUGAGUCAAACAGGUGCAUCUCGUGUUAAAAGCCAUGAGAAUCUUGCUGCUGAAAUUCUGCCGGUGGAAUACAGGGAAAUGUUUAUUCGCCUGCAGCAUGAAAAUAAGAUGCUUCUGUUAAAACAGGAAGGAUCAGAAAAUGAACGUAUUACAGAGCUCCAGGAACAGCUAGAGCAAAAGCAUCGGACAGUGAAUGAACUAGAAACUGAGAAAAGGCUAAAUGAAGAGCGUAUUGGGGAGUUACAGCAGCAGAUUGAAGAUCUGCAAAAGACUUUACAGGAGCAGGGAUCCAAGACUGAAGGAUCUAGCAACCUGAAGCAGAAAUUGGCUGCACAUAUGGAAAAGUUGAAUGAAGUUCAUGAUGAGCUACAGAAGAAGGAAGCUGAUCUUGCAGAACUCCAGCCUGAUGUUAGUCAGAACCCCCAGAAGAUUGGAGAGCUGGAAGCAGCUUUGCGAAAAAAAGAUGAGGAUAUGAAAGCAAUGGAAGAAAGAUACAAAAUGUACCUUGAGAAAGCAAGAAACGUGAUAAAAACCUUAGACCCCAAGCUAAAUCCAGCAUCAGCAGAAAUUAUGUUGCUCAGAAAACAGCUAAUGGAGAAAGACAAAAAAAUUGAAGCACUAGAGGCUGAAUACAAACUUGCAAAGUUACGUGAUUAUGAGGAAAAGCUAAUUGUAACUGCAUGGUAUAACAAGAGCCUAACUCUUCAGAAGCUAGGUAUGGAAGCAAGACUGGUUGGAAGUAGUGGUGCCUGCAGAGAUGGUCCCGGACGCUCAUUCCUAGCUCAGCAACGUCAUGUCACCAAUACCAGAAGGAAUCUCACUGUUAAAGUACCGGGUGCAACAUCUGAUUAAGGAUCAUGAGGAAAAAUUAUAUGCUAAAGUGUCCUUAAAUGUUUUAUAGCUUCCGCUUUAACUACUUGAUGAAAGAGGAGGUUAGAAUGGUGGGCAGCUGCGAAUUCAACAUCAGAACCUAUCAAGAGGUGAUUAAGUUGAUCAGGGGAGUAUCUAGAAGGUAGCACGUAGUUUUCCAAGUAGAAGUAGAUUCAGUAACUGCAGUAUGUAUUUACAAGCACAACUUAACAGAUUUAUAUUUGCCUCAAGAAUAUAUUGUAAAUAUAAAAUUUGGCACUAUAUAUUUAAAACUUUAUUUAAUAGGUUUGGGCUAGGAAGUUGAAUUUUGUAAUGGGAAUAUGUUAUGUAAAAAUGUACUUCAGGAAACUGGCAAUAUUGGGAAUUUUUGCUGGGCUCUUCUAAAGAUAAAAGAUUAGUAUCACGUUUUAAAAAAUAUUUUUUUUAGAAUACGAAGUACAAUUUUAAAAGUGGGAAAAUAACUUGCAUUUAUAGAAAAAGAAAAAAAAGAUGUAGUACCAGUUGACUUCUUACAUAACAGAAGAUGGGAUUUGUUUUGUCAUCUGAAGAGUGAAGCAGAAUUACUCUGUUUAUUUAAAAAAGAAAAGCAUACGUUUGUGUGUAUAUACAUUAAGGAAAACUUGUUUUUAAGAUGUUGGAUUCACUAAAGCCAAAUAAGCUGUCUUUUCCUGUGUAAGAA